ACUGCUUACCCCUUGCAUGAUCGUAAAAGGCGACUAAUAGGGGCUUUAAAUAUCCUUUAACAGCUUUAUAACAUCUUGUAUUUUUAUAUUUGUAGAAAAAUGAACACACCAAGUUUAAUCAGUGGAUGUUCCCUUCAGCUAACUGGACUGUUUGCCAGGCUGCAACAAGGGAAAAUAAGUGUAGAAAACGCUAACAUAGAACUGAUUAGAAUCACAGAUGACCUAGAUAAGGCUGCUAACAAUUGCAAGUCAUCAUUAGAAACAGUUAUAAUGGAGAAUAAAAAGCUUAGACAGCAGAACCAGGGCCUCCAUAAAGACGCCUACAAUAAACAGGAACAGAUCCUCCGCCUACAAUCAAAAACUCUGAAGCUGGAGUCUGAGAGAAAUGUAGCCCUAACUGAACUUGCAGAACUGAAGAAAUGGACUGAGGAUGACGACACAGUUCUUCUGGAUGCUAGCGGAGGUGUUCUGGAUGCUAGCAGAGAUGUUCUGGAUGCUAGCAGAGAAGUUCUGGAUGCUAGCAGAGAUGUUCUGGAUGCUAGCGCAGAUGUUAGCGGAGAUGUUAUGGAUGCUAGCGGAGAUAUUAGCGGAGAUGUUCUGGAUGCUAGCGGAGAUGUUCUGGAUGCUAGUGAAGAUGUUAGCGGAGAUGUUCUGGAUGCUAGUGGAGAUGUUAGCGGAAAAGUUCUGGAUGCUAGUGGAGAUGUUCUGGAUGCUAGUGCAUUAUAAGACAUAUGGCCAGACAAGAAGGAAGGACAAGAGAAAACAGAUUGACUUCGAAUGAGUAUCAAGACAUGGGAUAUAAUUGCUCUUCUUUUUAAAGAUGUAUCAUUUCGGUUGAAUAUAAAAUGCUUUUUGGAACUAUUUGGAACUAUUUGGAUUCUGACAGUGACCGGAUGUGUGACUUUGAAGACAAUGACAGCUAUUUUGUGUAGUUUGGUGAUAAAGAUAUGGCUUGAACUACAGCAAAAAUAUUUUAAAACUGACACCUGAUAUUGGCAAUAUCAGGUGUCAAGUUUGGUAAUACAAAUAUUUUAUAAUUGCAGGACAGUUGAUUUUUAAAGGGUUGUAUGAGAUAACUGAGAUUUUAAAGGCUGUGUUGGAUUGUUCUGGUUUUGACAAUUAUUUCUUUAUUAAGGUGUUAAACAUAUGGCUAAAGUUAAGCCAAAGUAUUUUUAUUUUAAUUAUGAAAAAGUGGCCACUUUUAUGGUUGUUGUAGAGAUUGUUUUGUAGAUAUAUGCCAUGUUUCUUUUAGAGCUACAUUGUAAGGUUUUUUGCAUAGUUGUCAUCAUUUGAAUAGUUGCUGUCAGUAGUACUUUGAUUUAGUCUUCUUCAAUGAAUAUAGGCUUAGACUAGAAGUUGAUUUGUUUAUUUUGAACCAUUUUUUACCGAGAUCUUGUUAAUUCAGAGCUCCAGAAAGAAUAAUUUUGUACAUGCUAUUUUUUCCUCGACACCACAUUUCCUAGUUGUUAAAAUUCGUAAUGGUGCUUGUCAAAAUCAGUCUUUAGGCUGGUCUUUGUAAAGAACUAAACAUUUAUGUUGUACACAUUAUUUUGUGGAGCUCUUUAAAGUAACAGUUUUUAAAAAACAACUAUGCUACCAAUCAAUACAAUGUAGCUCUUUUACUUGUCAUGUUCAUGUUUGAUUAAUAAAAAUAAACUUUAGGUCCAAGUAUACCAUGCCGAAGACAAAAAAAAGAUCGCUGAGGCAACAGAGGGCUUUGGACAAAAUGCGAAAGCAGAAAAAGGUGGUUCCUAAUAGCAGUAUGGAUAUGCCCCUUGAACCAGUGAAUUCUCAACUAGACAGUCAAGCCCCUGCACCUCAAACAUUUAGUGUGCCUGUUGAAACCGAGCCUCAGCAUCAGGAUAUAUUCUAUGGAUUAAAUCCAAGCAGUGUUAUGAUGGGAUAUAUUGACAUACAAGUGCUGGACUACUACUCUGCCUUGUUGAAGGCUCAAUGUGCACAAACACAUGGACUGAUACCACCAUCAGUUCUUUAUCAGCAGCAACUAUCAAAUGAAAACAUACAUACAGGACAGAUUGUACCAGAAGGUGU